UAGAGCGGCUCUAUGGUUCCGCGGUGCAAACACAAGUGACCUGUCAGAACGGGCAGAUCAACUUACCUGAAGCAGUGGGAGUUUUUCUUUUACUUUUUGUAUUAAACGUUCUUUCUGCCGUCUACAUUUUGGUCAUAAACUAUGAUGUCAUUAUAUUUUGGAGUUCAGCUACACGCCUUUUCAAGUAAUGUAUGACGAUAGCCAAAUGCGAUCAUUGAAAUCAGCCUUAGCAGCAAGAUAGCAUUCGCAGACUUUUGACUCCUUUUUACUUCGUGAUGGACAGACAGGCCCGAGGAAGAGGACGAAGGGGUGGUCGAGGGGGUCGAGGUGGCCAUGGCAGAGAAGGCACGCCAGAUGUGCGACUUUCGAAAUCUCUGUCCUACGUCCUACGGCACGGGGCAAUGAAAAUGGGGCUUCAAAUCAGCUCAGAUGGUUUUCUAUAUGUGGAUGACCUCCUAGCCCAUCCUCAGUUCGGCUCCUUCUCAGUGGCGGAUGUGGAGAGGGUGGUGGCCAGCAAUGACAAGCAGAGGUUCAAGCUCCGCAACCACCCAGAGGACGGCCGCCUGCAGAUACGAGCCAAUCAGGGACACUCUUUACAAGUGGCAGAUCUGGAGCUGAGAGCGCUGCGUCCUGAUGCUCCAGACUGCCCCCCAGAGGGCAUCCAUGGCUCCUACAUGAAGCACUGGCCCUCCAUCCGCACCCAGGGCCUCAACAGGAUGGGAAGGACACACAUCCACCUGGCACCCGGGCUGCCAGGAGAGGGAGGGGUCAUCAGCGGGAUGAGGAAAAACUGUGACAUGGCCAUAUACAUCAAUGUCCCUAAAGCCCUAUCAGCUGGUAUCCCAUUCUUCUGGUCGGAAAAUGGAGUGCUACUGACACCUGGUGACUCGGAGGGGAAGCUUGCUCCAUGUUACUUCAGUAGAGCUGUACAGCUCAGGCCCUCUCAGUGUGAGUUGGAACUGGAGUAGCUGAAUCGUAACCGUGGAGACAAAGCUACAAUACUGCAGCCUAUUGCACUGGGCCGCGGUUAGAGGUGUUCACCAUUACCAUGGCAACUGUUGCGUUAAAAAAAAAACUGACAGAAGCCACCGACACAUUUUCAACAUCCUGGGCGCUGUUUACAAAUUGCAGGUGCUACCUGUCAGUACAUCUCAGCAAGACAACAGAGAGGCACUGUGAACUUGGGUGUUGCAUGGUUUGCACACACACUAUAGUACUAUCAUAACUUGAAGCAAGCAAGUAGCAAAGUCUGUAUUGCUAUUAUGCAAGCGCUCAGCACUAUCUAACCGGAGGCAGAUGCUAACUGUCAUUUUGGGUAACUGAAAGUCUAAGAAUGCACUCGACAGAUAGGCCCCCCACGCGUGUGCAAAAUAAGACUGGAACAACCACCAGCCAAACGGAGUGUCUGUGCACAUGAAGCCAGUGGUUUCAUGACAUGUCAGUCAAGCUGCAUUUUCAUGACUCCAAUAUGCUGUUUGUCGUCUGGCUCUCGUGCUAACUCUGUAAAUAACAACCAAUAUUUAUUAUUAAAAAGUAA